GCAGUUUAAGGACUUUGCAUACAUUACGCAUGCGCCGAUCAGACAGUAAAGUAGUAAGGUUUGCACUUGUAAUGUAGUGCGAUAGUUAGUGCUGAUCAGCUGUAGCUAACAUAUAUAAUUCCUAGUCCUGGUGUUACCUCGCUUUAGCGUGAUUCUGCGUUAAGCAUUAAAUGCCACGUGCUUUAUGUGUUACCCGGCUACAAGAGAUAUGAGGUUUAUUAGUAUACUACCGAUUUGUAUACAAACAUUUUUUAAAUUAUUUAUUUAACACAGAUUUGGCACUUAUCUAUUUUUAAAAAUAGUAUUGCGUAUUACGAAAAAGUUGUGUGUGAACAUCGUCGAGUCCUUGGCAAUAUUUAGAUAGGGCUGUUGCACAUUAACAGAGAAGUUUUCCCUUUGUGAGUGUUACAGCCUGAGCUACAGAUUGUACGGUCCAUUGGUGAGUCCGUCAUUAAAACAAAAGACAAGUCGUUGGAGAAAAUGCUAGCCAUUAGUUCUUUCGGUCCUAGGAACAGAAAUAUUGUCAGGUUAUGGAAGCGAACCGUGGCGUGCAGCUCCGCACCGGAACGGGGCGUUGGAGGGAUUUACCCGCCUAUCGCCACACCGUUCACCCCCACGGAGGAGGUCGACUAUGAAAAACUGGAAGAAAAUGUGCAGAAAUAUGCAAAAAUACCUUUCAGAGGCCUGGUGGUGCAGGGCUCCAAUGGUGAAUUCCCGUACCUGACGGUGGAGGAGCGGGUGGAGGUGGUGCGGCAUGUGAGGCGUGCGCUGCCCAAGGACAAGCUGGUGAUGGCCGGCUCCGGGUGCGAAUCCACCCAGGCCACGGUCCGCAUGAGCGAGAGCAUGGCCCAGGCCGGGGCUGACGCCGUGCUCGUGGUCACGCCGUGCUUCUACCGCGGCAGGAUGGACAGCCGUGCGCUGAUUCGCCAUUACACACAGGUGGCCGACUCCAGUCCAGUUCCCGUGGUUCUGUACAGCGUCCCAGCCAACACCGGUCUGGAGCUUCCGGUGGAAGCUGUGGUCGCGCUGUCCCAGCAUCCCAACAUCGUCGGGCUCAAGGACAGCGGGGGAGACAUCACCAGGAUGGCCCUGAUCGCCCAUAAGACGCGAGGCAGCGGUCUCCAGCUUCUGGCUGGUUCUGCGGGCUUCCUGCUGGCCGCCUAUGCAGUGGGAGCAGUCGGCGGAGUCUGCGCUCUCGCCAACGUCCUGGGCCCGCAGCUGUGUCAGCUGGAGCAGCUCUGCCUGUCCGGCAGCUGGGAGGAGGCCAGAGAGCUGCAGGGUCGACUCAUCGAGCCCAACGCGGCGGUGACCAGGAAGUUCGGGGUGGCAGCCCUGAAGCAGGCGAUGGGCUGGUUCGGUUACCAUGGCGGCGAGUGCCGCUCCCCGCUGCGUCCGCUGUCGGAGGCCGAGGCCAAACUGCUGCGGAAGGAUUUCACCUCCAGCGGGUGGCUGUGAGCGGAGGGGGUGGCAUUUAAACAGCUGCAUGUAGCUGAGGUUUGUUUCUUAGGCGGGGAGCCGCGGGAGGCCGGUCUCCUGCUUCCUCAGGACUAUUUUUUAAUUACCAUGUAUUUAUCUCCUUUAUAAUUACAGUAUUUUCAUAAUUCAAAGCCUCAUAUCUAAAAGGCCCCAAGCUUCGAAAUUACUUCCAAAAAUGUUAAAAAAUUAAUGUUUUAAAUUAACUGCUUGACUAAGAAUACAAGAAUAGAAAUGUUUCUGCAUUAUAGUUGUGGAUUAAGGUCAGCAUAAACUGUGAAUGUAGCAAAAUAAUAAAAAUGUAUACAUAAAAUGUUUUUUUUUUUUUAAUUGGCUGCCUGUCGUGGCAAGAUACUUGGUAAAGCCACUCCUCCACCACAGGAGGGCACUGUGACUCACCAGAACAGUGGGGUAAUCAGUUAACAUCAGGGACGUCCCCGGAGACCUCAAUAAAGGAGAUUUAAAACCUGA